UACCUUUGAUGUACCUAACCUCUUCAAAGGAAAAACAGAGAGGGAUCAAAGAGAGAAGAACCCUGCAAUUGUUUUUUUUAAUUCCUCUCUAUCAUGUCGCUGCUUACAGAUCUUCUCAACUUGAACCUCUCCGACGUUACUGAGAAGGUUAUUGCUGAGUACAUAUGGAUCGGUGGAUCUGGGUUGGACAUUAGGAGUAAAGCAAGGACGCUUCCUGAACCAGUUGAUGAUCCGGCAAAGCUACCAAAAUGGAACUAUGAUGGUUCAAGCACUGGGCAAGCUCCAGGAGAGGAUAGUGAAGUGAUCAUAUAUCCGCAGGCAAUCUUCAAGGACCCAUUCAGGAGGGGAAACAAUAUCCUGGUUAUGUGUGAUGCUUACACCCCAGCAGGAGAACCGAUUCCCACCAACAAGAGAUAUAAUGCUGCAAAGAUUUUCAGCCAGCGUGAUGUUGCUGUUGAAGAACCCUGGUAUGGAAUAGAGCAAGAGUACACUCUUUUGCAAAAGGAUGUUCAGUGGCCUCUUGGGUGGCCUGUGGGAGGUUUUCCUGGUCCUCAGGGACCAUACUACUGCAGUGUUGGUGCUGACAAAUCCUUUGGCCGUGAUAUUGUUGAUGCUCAUUACAAAGCAUGCCUCUACGCAGGCAUCAACAUCAGUGGUAUCAAUGGAGAAGUGAUGCCAGGCCAGUGGGAAUUUCAAGUUGGCCCUUCUGUUGGCAUUUCUGCUGGGGAUGAAGUAUGGAUGGCUCGCUACAUUUUGGAGAGAAUUACAGAGAUAGCUGGUGUUGUGCUCUCUUUAGACCCAAAGCCUAUCCAGGGUGACUGGAAUGGAGCUGGUGCUCACACAAAUUACAGCACCAAAUCCAUGAGAAAUGAUGGAGGAUAUGAAGUUAUCAAGAAGGCAAUUGAAAAGCUUGGGAAGAGGCACAAAGAGCACAUUGCCGCUUAUGGAGAAGGCAAUGAACGUAGACUCACUGGGCGACAUGAAACUGCAGAUAUCAACACAUUCAAAUGGGGAGUUGCAAACCGUGGGGCUUCCAUUAGAGUUGGUCGUGAUACAGAGAAACAUGGUAAAGGUUAUUUCGAGGACAGGAGGCCUGCGUCGAACAUGGAUCCCUAUGUGGUUACUUCCAUGAUUGCCGAGACCACCAUCCUAUGGAAACCAUGAGACUGCAGUCAGGGCUAUAGCCAUCUACUUGCUGUUUCUCUUUUGGGAGGGCUUGAUGCAUUGCUGGAUUUCUUAUCUCUCUUAUUUUCAUUAGAAUUGCAUGUAAUGUUUAGUUUAGUGGUCUUUGCCAUUUUAGACUGUUGAUUGUAUUGUUGCCUCCCUUUUGGUUCUGCCUUUGUUCAAUAAUAUUAAUAAUAUAAGAUGGCUUUUAC